AUGUAUUUCUUUGUUAUAGCACCAGCAUCAUUUGCACAAGCUCGUAUUUGGCUCGAUGAACGAAUUCGAUUCGAUCCAGACAAGCCUCAAAUAGCAAUCUACAAUAUGCCUUUUAUUUAUCGUCUGCAAUCAAACCAAAGUUUAUUGAUUAAACAACUUCGUCAUGCUCUUUAUCUCACUGUUAACAAACAUCCCUCACUUCACACAUCACUUCAUUUUGAUAUCGAAAAGAAUCUACUAAUGCAACGAGUUAUUACACGAAAAGAUAAUUGUACUGAUACGUUUUCAAUUAUCGAAACUACUUAUGAAACAGAUGAACAACUUAAGAAGAUUUUACACGAUGAGAAACGUAAUCCUCAUCUUUUUGAUCUUACACAAGGUCCUGUCUUUCGAUGUCAUAUUAUUUAUUAUAAACAAAUCUCUUCAAAUGAUCUACUUUCUGAUCAAGAUCUACUUAUCUUUAACUUUCAUCAUGCUUUAUUUGACUUUCCAUCAAUGCAAAUGUUUCUUCAUGAUCUUAAUGAAGCAUAUACAACAGGUCAAUUAAUAAGUGACGAUAACACUAAUCUUCGUUAUCUUGAUUAUGCUGUGAUUGAACAACAAAUGUCAAUGACUGGUGCAAGCAUAUUUUGGCUUGAUGCUCUUCAUGAUUGUAAACUCGAUCAACCUUUAUCAUUACCAUUUGAUCGAUAUCGUCUCUCAAAUGAACACCGAACUGGUCGUGGAACAUCUAUUUCUUUUGAUUUCGGUCAAGAUCUCUCACAUGACUUUCUUCUCUAUGCAUCAUCAAAUAAUAUAUCUCUGGAAUAUCUUGCACUUGCUACUUAUUAUGGAUUUUUGUUCAAAUUAACGAAUGGAGAAAAAGAUCUAUGCAUUGGAAUAAAUACACUUGGUCGAUAUAGAGAUGAACUUAACCCUAUUAUUGGAAUGUUUGUGAAUGUUAUACCUUUGCGAUGUCAACUCGAUUCUCAUUUAUCAUUUCAUGAUCUUACUAAGCAUGUUCAAGAUAAUAUGAUAAAUUAUAUGAAGUAUUCUUAUUUUCCUCUUCAACGUAUUCUCAAUCAACAUUCUAAUAUAUCAAAUCCUGUAUUUCUUGACACAUCAUUUGAAUUUCUAUCAUCUAUGACAAAAGAUGAAGAGAAUGAAAUAAUUAUUGGUGAUAGUCGAUUCUCUUUACUACCUUAUUCAAUUAAGAUUAGUGAAGAUGAAAUAAUGAGUAAAUUUGAUUUCAUUCUUAGUUUUCAACAUGAUCUGAAUCUAAAUGAAUUCUCAUGCACACUCAAUGCAUCGCUUGAUUUAUUUAAUGCUGAAACAGUUUGUAUAGUUGCACAAAGAUUGCAGACAAUGUUACAUCAACAAUUUACAUCUUCUAAUAGUCAAAUAAACAAACCAAUCUAUGAGUUAUCAUUAACAUUAUCAAAUGAACAAUAUCUAAUGCAAUCAUUGAAUAAUACACAAAUAUUAUUUCCAUCUCCUCUCACUUGUAUUCAUCAUAAAUUUGUGUAUCAAGUAAUGAAACAUCCACAAAAACUAGCAGUUGAACUUGAUGAACAAUCAUUGACAUAUUGUGAACUUCUAUAUUAUGUUCAAGUAUUAUCUUUAACUCUUCUUAAUGAAUAUCAUGUGUUUCCAGGUGAGAUCGUGUGUCAAUGUGUCGAGCGAAGUUUGUCAAUGGUGAUUGGCAUUAUGGCGAUUGAAAUGGCUGGUGGUGUUUAUUGUCCAUUAUCACCUCGAGAUCCACAACAUCGUUUGCAUGCACUCACACAACACACACAAAGUCGUCGGGUUCUUAUUCAUUCGUUUACAAAAAUGAAGUUUAAUAAUGAUAUUCUUACGACAGAUAUUGAUUCAGUAUUGAUUAAUAAUGAUGUAAUGAGCGAUGUUUAUACUGAUCGACUAUCAACUGUUACAGUCACACCUAGUGACAUUGCUUAUAUCAUUUUCACUAGUGGUUCAACUGGAGUACCAAAAGCAGUAUGUUGA